UAUUUUUGGUGCGGUGUCGCAGCACUUUAGUCAUAAAGGAUGCCACAAGAAAUGCUUAUUUUGGAAGAAUUCCUACAAAACGUAAUAGUGUAUGUGUGUGCUUCUGGGUGUACUCUGACACAAUAACUGUGUCAAACUAUGCUGAGAGUUGUGUCAUAGUCUUAAUGUGAAAUGCAGUGUCAUGCAAAACUUGACACAAUAACUAGAGUAUGUAUGUUCUUAUCAAAAAGACAAAAUUCCACAGUAUGCAUCAAAAUCACAGAACAUAAACAGGCUGUCACGUUAGCCCCGAUUUCAAGUUUGUGGAAGUAGGGUUCUUCAUGGGAAUGAAGAAACAAGCAUUCUGACUCACUGGUAUUGCAACGUUGCCGCCUAUGCUGUGAAAGUCACGGAUGCCUACGUAUGCUGUGCUUGGGCCUUGGGUAUUUUGACUUUUUGAUUAAUGCCUGAACUUGCGGUGCCAGCUGCUUAGUCACUGUGCUCACAAUUUGUAAUUCCUGUUUUUCGACUUUCAUGUAUAAGGGAUACACAGUUUUUUUCCCUGUAUGACUUUUUCACACAAACCCUACUAACUAUAACACAUGGAUACAAAACUUUCUUGCAUUUGUUUUGUAUACAAAUCAAUCUGUACCAAAUUAUGUUAAUCAGUAACAUUACAUUAAUCCUAUGAUAUCAGAUAUCAAAAAUCUUGUAAAUUAGCCAAAUUUAUCACCUGCCAUUUCUUUCUUUAUCCUCACUUCAAAUGUGAUCCUUGCUUGCAAGACCAUUAUCCGAUUUCAGUGUCUCACUGAACCAUCUGAAGCUUCAUAGUAUUCAGCUGUCUACACACUGCACAAACCAACUCAAAAUUCACCUUGUGGUUAUCAUUACCAUUUGUCCGAAUACCAAGAACAACUCUGCAAUGAACUUUAGUUGUAAAUAUUAGGCAAUUUUUGAAAGUUCCCCUUUAAAGGUGUUAGGCAGUGGUUCCUUAGUUCAGGGACAUGAGGGAAGUUGUUAUUUCAGCUGUGUUCGUUCAACUUUUUUUAGCACCAUUUCCAUAAAAACAUCACAUUACAAAGCCAGGUGCAUCACAUGUUCAAGAACAGUGCAGUCUCGAUUACGUUACCAUGAAGAGAGGCUCAAAUAUGCCACAAAGACAACUAUUGGGUCAUCUAGUUCCCCCUAGUAACAAAACAGCCUCUUGCGUGUCAGAUGUCGACGGUAAAAUAUAAUCACGCUGAAUUCUUAAAUUCUGCUACACUCUUUAUAUUGGAGCCAUCUCCAGGGAAUAGGCUGGACAGUAGAAGAGCUAUGUCAUUCUCUUAGGGUCAGUAUUAUUUAUGCCAUUUGCUCUGUGUACAUACUCAUGCUUUGUGUAUAUACUUAUUUGGGUGUGCACUAAUAGAGAAGUUUAAUGUAAUAAGUUCCAGACAAAGUAGGCUACUCAUGGUUUGGAUUAUUUUUCUCAUCCUGUCAACACAGGCACAACAGAAGAGCCUAAGUGUGUACGUGGCUCUGUGUAUUUAUCUAUGUGUGUCAUGGAACGGCCUUCUGAUUAGGAAAGCUGAGGAAUUUCCAAGCUCUCGUGAGGAACCUUAAAAAGCUUGGAGGUUCCCCCUACACACCGCCUACAGAACGCACAACAAAAAAGGAACUGCUAUGUUUCCCUCCCCUAUAUUUGCCUAUAUCUCUGUGUAUGUCUUUUCAUUGAUCUCUUUUUGGCUUUCUCCUUCACAUUAAGCACUCCUUCAUUCCCCUUUCUUCCAAGGAAUUUCCUUCAGCAUGAUGACCAUCAGAGAGCAGUGUGUCUUGGAUUUCAGGGCAUGGAUUUUUAUGUCUGUUGGCCUUGCUGCUGUCAACGCAGUACCCAUAAAAGACAGCUGUUCAAUGGUGGGCCCAGAGAUCCCAGAUUUUCACACCCAGGGGGAAGCAGUGGUCAUCAGAUUCCCAUUUCUCGAGAAUGUCAUUAGUUACAAAGGACUUCAAGUGGACAGUAGUGCCACAUUUCAUGUCUCUCACAGUAACCAUAGUGACCUCCACAACCAGAGUCACAGGGUCAUACAGAGGGAACGUGUCAUUUGGCUCCUCCCCUCUCUGCCCUCAGACACCGGAACCUACACCUAUGUGUUCAGGAGCAGCACGUUCUGCUAUACGGGGGAGAUCUCUGUGACCAUCUAUAAAACAGGAAGAGAAGACAUGGACAUGAUGUCACAUCCUGUUUCUGCACAGCCAGACAAGGACCUGACCAUCAUCUGUCCUCACACAGAUCAUUUCAAAAAGAAGGAAAGUCCGCAGUGGUUCAAGGGUUUUCACUCUGAGGCUUUUCCUUUAAAAAGUGCUCGCUAUAACACCGGGACAGGAGACCUGCUCACUAUCAGAAAUAUCUCUGUGGAGGACGAGGGCUUAUACACCUGUAGGCUCACAGUGACCAUCAACAAUACUCAUUAUAAUGUUAGCAGGAUCUGGAAACUACAAGUGUUAGACCCAGACACAGACAUUUUAGACUAUCAAACUGAACCCACAACCAAUUCAAUGGAUGAAGCUUUGACAUCAUCAAGCCUGCUCUACCCUUACAUCACCACUCCAGUAAAUGGCUCUAUAAUUGAAAGCCACGUGGGCUCCAGUUUGGCAAUCCAGUGCGAGGUGUUUGUUGGCAGCCAGUCACUGGAUUUCACUGAGGUCACUUGGUUGGUCAAUGGCCAAUUACCUGAGCACUCUUAUCUGAAUGGGCGAGCAUUUCAAGCAAACAGGAAGGUGUCAGGUAGCCACAUUGAGGUGCAACUGGUUAUCCUGGAGGUGCAUGAGGAGGACAUGAGCGUGGAGCUAAAAUGUGUCGCUAAAAAUGUGUUAGGAAAACAGGAAGUCAUUACACAAAUUAAAGUGCAAGACUCCACAUUUGUGUGGUUGGUGACAGCUGCUAUAGCCAGCAGCUUUUUCCUGCUGGUGGUGAGUGUGUUCCUGCAUCUGCUGCGCCCUAGAUGGGGGAAACAGAACGAGUAUAUACUGGCCCGACAGAACAGCACCUUUUAAAUGCCUUUGUCUUUCCAACUCACUCCUGAUUACCCCUUGCUACAUUCCUUUUUUUUUGUUUCUCAAUUAUUUUAUUUACAUAUACCCCACUUUAUUAUGACCCCAUAUUUUGUGCUUUGAAUUACAAUAGUAUACUGUUAAGUGAACAACUAAUACUAUACAAGCAAAAAUCCGUUCACUGUAUGAGUCUUACAGUUCCACAUAUGUGUACACUUACAGGCUGUAGCCCACCUGUAGUCAUGUACAGUUUGUUCGGCUGCUCAUCAUUGGUCAGUUUCUAAAGAUAGGACAGCUGUUCUCUGAUGUUAUUUGGGAGGUGUUCUCAGCACAGUGGUUACACUGACAAGGUAGUGGCAUUGUAAUGUGUCUUGUGCUGGUACUGCUAGGUCACAAGUGUCCCCCACUCAAAAGUAUCCAGUCAAGAGUGGCUGUAUGGUCAGAAACUGACCAAUGAUGACGGCCUAGAGGUUGGCCUUGAAAAUGAAGUCUUGGAUUUAUUUAGAAAUGUUACAGAGACGUGUCAUGUGGUUCCACAUCAAGUGUCAAGUGCUUCCACUGAGUAAUAUGUACUUAACGAAUUCAAGGAAAUCCUGCAAAAGCAUUUUGAGUAAAUUCUGAUUAACUGGAGUGAUUAUUUUUAUGUAUUACUCAAAAAAUGAAAUAUUAGAUUUACUUACAAAUGCAGUAUCAAGUGGUUCCACACAACUGUGUUAAUUAGCUUUUAGAAUGCUCAGUUGAGUAAUAUGUACUAAUUAAAGCAGAAAAUAAACAAAGUUAAUAGGUUAGAAUUCUACAUAAUUAGAGAUCUACAUAAUUACUGGGCAACUGAGCUUCGCAGAAUUGCACUCAGCAGCAACAACAACAAGAAUAGGCCCUUAACCGAGGAGUAAGAUAUUAAGUAAGUAUAUACACACAAUAGAAAUUAGGUCAGGGAGAGAGAUGACAUGAAGUGAGUAAAUAAUAAAAGCAAUAAAUAAAUGAUGCAAGAACCAAUGCUAAACAUGAGUUUUACUAAAAAAAUGACUCUGAUAAACACGUAUGAAGUAAACUCAUUUAAUUUUAUUGAAAUAACACAACUAGCUCAGUUCCACUGACUUAGGUGUUUUAAGUCAUAUCCAGGAAAGAAAACAUUUUAAAACCAACAACAAAGCGAUUUAAUUUUUUUGAGUGUUGGCAUCAAAAUUUGAGCUACCAAGGAGGAAGAGUUUCUGAUAAAGUGGACAAGGUGUUUUUAGGUGUUUGUCUUUAUCCAGUUUUCAUUUUAGUUUUGAUUGUGUUUCUACUUUAGUUUUUAUUAUUUUUUUAUACUUUGUUUUCAUUUAAGUUUUAAAUAUCAGUCAAAUAUGUGUUAUUGUUUAACUCCUGAAAAUCAUCUACCCUGAAAGUAUUACUUUUUCUUCUUUGUCGAGGUUGUGAAUGGCGAAUGGCAUGUUGUUGAGGAAAAAAAUUGUAAU